AUGAAUGUCGCCAAACCAUGCCCGACAGGAAAGACUGACUGUAAGGCAAUGAUUAAUGCCAUAAAAGUUGAGGAAAAGAUGCAGUUGACCACAGUUCAUAAUACCCACAAUCACGGACUGGGUCCACCGAAAUCCCACUUCUUCCGAUGUAAUCGCGAAGUUAUUGAGACCGUAAAAAUGGUACUAGAUACUAACGACCUAGCUGACAUUCGAAUGAACAAGAGUUUCAGAUCUCUUGUUGUGGGUGCGGAAGGAUUUGAGAACCUCCCAUUUUUUAAAAAAGAUUAUAGCAAUUACAUCGAUAAGGCAAGACAUCUACAACUUGGAGCAGGUGGUGCUGGAGCGCUUCGAGACUAUUUUUGUAGGAUGCAGUACAAGAACCCCAGAUUCUUUGCCUUGAUGGAUUUAGAUGAUGAUGAGAGGUUAAAGAAUGUCUUUUGGGCAGAUCCAAGCAGUAGGGCAACUUAUCAAGAUUUUGGUGAUGUGGUAAGAUUUGAUACCACGUACUUGACAAACAGAUACAGGAUGCCCUUUGCUUCCUUUGUUGGUGUAAACCAUCAUGGGCAGUUGAUUCUCUUGGGAGCAUGGUUAAUUUCCAGUGAGGACACAGAGACUUUUACAUAG